AUGUCUGACAUGGAUCGCGAAUGGAAGCCCAAGGUCCGGCCUCAAUCGACCAUGGCGCAAGCCUUCUCGUCCGCAUUGGACAGCGCCUUUAUGCUUGACUCUGACGUCAACAACCUUUCGCAAACCAUCGACCAGAAGAAGCAACAGGUGUUGAUCCAGAACCGCGAAUUGGAAGAACUACAGAACCGAAUUCGCGAGGCCGAGAGACGUCUCCAGUCCCAAUUUGCCAGUGAAAACACAUCCGGAAAUCGGGAACAAGCCCAGUCAGCUGCUUCCCAGGGAUCCAACGAGCAGCAGCCGGAUCAGUCUAAGCAGGGGAACAACUGA